AUGACGACCACCACCACAGCGACGGCGUUCUUCAACGUGGACCCUGAAGUCUACGAGCUUGGCGAAGAGGACCGCAAGCAAAUGGCGGCUCGUGCAGAGGACCUCAGCAAGCGGCUUGUCGAGACCACCCAGAACCUCUUCGGGGCGGCGGCCAAGCAGCUCGAGGAGGCCAGGCAGCUGCACAAGUCGCACGUCUCGGGCCUGGCGAAGCGUCGCAAGGCCGAGGGAGCGGCGAUGCCUGGGCUUGACCAGCCCAUCCUGUUCGCCUCGGUGUACAUGCAUCACUCCGAGGGGCUGACGGACCGAAAUCUUGACAUCUUGGGGAAGGUUGGGUCGGCAGCAGAGGUGUAUGCUAGUGAAUGUUUGGUCGCGGCUGAUUUCAACAUGUCGCCCGACCUCGUCCAGGACAGCGGGUUCACUGAACGACUCCAUGGGAACCUGAUCAUCCCCCAGGGCGAGGGGACCUGCUUCACCACGGGGGGCAUCAAAAUGCUCGACUAUUUCGUUGCGACGAGUGGGGUCUCGAAGGUUAUUCAGUCGGUCGACGUGGUUACCACCUCGCAGCUCGCUCCUCACUCACCUGUCGAAAUCGUUCUGUACCCUCGUGCUUGUAAGAUGCAGGCGUGUGGCCAGAAGAGCCAGAUGCUGCUGGUGAUUCCCUCUGAGUUCGCGAGCGAUCUGGAUAGGUAUCAGGCGCUCGUCAAGUCCAUUCACUCGUUCGUGUCGAUCGUCGCGGCUCCAGGUGGUCGGCUCUGCGUGGAGGAUGAAGCUCAUCAGGGGCACCUGUCGCACAUCCUUGGCGAGCUGGAUGCCGCCAUAGUCCACGAGCAGUCGGAUGCUAGGCCGAUUGGCCUGUUCUGCGGCAUGUACAGAUUGUGGGGGAAAGCGAGAAGGGUGAUAGCACAGCAGUGGGAAUUGGAGCAUCCUCGAGCUUAUUUCGCUGGCCAGUCUUUUGCUUCGGCCAGUGGCGUCGUGCGGCGUCAAGGAGUCAGGGCUGAAUGCUCCUAUCGUCGUGGUUUGGUGGCGGCCACGAUUCUUUGGGACUUGUCCAAGUUUUACGAAACCAUCGACCUCGGGCUUUUGGAACAGCGUUGCGUGCAACACGGGGCCCCUGUGGCCUUAUAUCGUCUCUCGAUCGCGGCCUACCGAGGGGCCCGGUUUAUUUGCAUGGCUGGGUACGUCUCGGGCCCGCUGAUGGCGGCUCGAGGGGUUAUCGCGGGUUGUUCGUUAGCCACGACAUGGGUCAAGGUCUACAUGAUCACCCCUCUUGACUCCUUGAAGCUCGGGCCUAGCGUCCAGCUGGACCAGUGCAUCGAUGAUAGCGGGCUGUCUGCGGUGGGCUCCAAGGCCCAGGUCGUGCAUGAUUUCAAGGAAGCCUCGCAGGGCCUGCACGACGCUCUUACCUUGGACAUGAAAUGCAAGGUGGCGCCUGAUAAGGCCUCUUUUGUCUACUCAUCUGCUGAGGUCUCUUCGCAGCUUCGUCAGUUCCUGGGGCCCCUCGCUGGGCCGAUCACGGACAGUGCCGUGAACCUGGGGAGCUUGACUUGCGAAGCGCUCUGGACUCGCGAUCGGGCGAUCAAGGUCGGGUACCGCGGUCUCGAGGACGGUGGCACCUUUGAUGGCGAUAUCUUCCUUGACGGUAGCUGCUUCCGUCAUGAGAUUGCCGAGCUCUCGCGCGCUGGAUAUGGGCUCGUUAAGGUCAUGAGUGACGCGAGCCAAGGGCCCGUCGCCGAGAUCGGCGAGGACCGACAUCCUGGGCAGGAGCAGCCUCGCCUGUCAACUUUUUAUAGCGACUGCUUGAACGCCGAGGAGAGCCGGCUGCAAUGGCAAAUUAAGAUAGCCAAGGCGGUCUGCAAGCUCGCAGCGAAGCUGCUGCCAGUGUCGAGGAUCAAAGAGCGAAGGCGAGGGCGCUGCCUGCAGGUCCGCCUCUGCGCCCCCCGCCCCGUGGGCCAGCGCGCCUUGGCCGCAGCCAGCGGCCACGGAGGAGAGCAGGCCGGCGCCGCCCGCGUCACGGUGAAGAGGCUCUGGGCGUCCGAGGACGCGGCGCCGGAGGCGCAAAAGGCGGCGAGGCCAGCGCCCCCGUCCAUCGCGCCCCCGCCCCACAGCGUGAGCGAACCGCUGGUGCAGGAGAGGCGCCAGUUCUGGGAGCGCGUGGAGUGCGGGCUCGGGCGGGAAUCCCGCGGGGCGCCGUGCUCGGGGCGGACCGCCGCCCGCGCCGGCCCGGCCAUGGACAGCUCGUGCACGGGCACGUCGUCCAGGGGCGUGGUGUUCUGGAGGCGGCUCGCCGUCGCCCUGGCCCUGCUCGUCGCGGCGGACAGGCACUGGGCCUGGCCGCCCGCGGGCCACGCGCCUGCCGCUGCCGGCGCCGGCGGCGCGCCUGCCGCCCCUCCUGGCGCGCCCGCCCGAGGGCCGGCGGCGGCGGCGGCGGCGGCGACGGCGGCGACCGUUGAUGAGUCUUGGGUUUGCAUUGGUCCUCCUCCUCAUCAUCCUUCUUUGCGCGCCGCCUGCGAGGUCGGCCUCUUCAUCCUUGGCUGGCUCUUCUCCCUCAUCAUGCGGCAGGCGGCAGACAGCCUGGGUGGCGUAGGAGACACUCGUACACCAUGUGGAUGGUGA